CUCAUGGGCAACUCCACCGUCCCUGAAGAGUAGCAAGAACCAGCUAUCGAUCGCAAUAGCUUCUUUAGUUGCUAUGCGGUCCGCUUUUCAAGCUCCUGUGCCAUCAUCAACUUUGCUCAGGUUCCUCAAGUCGCAGUCAGAGAGCAUUUGCUUCUUCAGUCCAAAUCCUCGGCCGGGCUUUAUAUUUGAUCAUGCAGCACCUCGAGGUAUUCCAGGACGACCAGGCCUAGUUAAAUCUCCUUCGAAAUCAUCUGCGAGAUGUCUCUCGACGACCGCUCUGCGAAAGGCAACACAUGAGGCGAAUUUUCUCAAUGUCGAAUUAUUAUGGCCACACUCAGCCGCAUCGACUAUAAACACCCAAUCGGCCCACUCUCGCGGAUUAGCUCGGAGGAGGAAGUUUGAAUGUGGAAGAACUUUGAUUACACAACGUUCGUCAUCGUCAGGAUCAAAAAAAUGGCAUCAGAAACUCUGGGGAGUCACGUCCGCGAAAGGUGGAAAGCCUCUGCGUCCAGAUGAUUUGCCGUCAACAUUAUUCGGAUCAGAAGAAGGGAGUGAUACUUAUAUGUUCAGCCUUGGGCGGCACAUAUCUGCAAAGGCGGCAGCGCAGCCCAAGCUUCGCUGUACGGAAUUGGAUGAGAUUGGGAAUGUGGUUCUUGCCAGUGGGGAAUUCAAGAAGAGCGAACUGAUUGCAAAAUAUGGACUCCUACCACGAGAUUUACGAAAGAUUGACUCGAGUCUCCUCCCCCACAUCCUCGUUCGGCCCUCAGCAAUCCUCAUCAAUCUACUCCACCUCCGAGUUCUCAUUAAGUCUAAUCGAGUGCUGGUAUUUGACGCCUAUGGCACAGUAGAUUCGUAUAAUCAGUCGGCGUUCAUAUACGAUUUGGAAGAUAAGCUCCGCCAGAAGCAAAACUCUCCUGCUGCUGGAGGACUGCCAUAUGAAUUCCGAGCUUUGGAAGCAGUGCUUGUCUCGGUAAUAACAAGUCUCGAGAAGGAGUUUGAAGGGGUUAGGAAACCAGUCGUUCGAGUUUUAAGAGAACUAGAAGAAGACAUCGAUCGAGACAAGCUCAGAGCUCUCCUCAUUUACUCCAAGAAACUCGGAACAUUUGAGCAGAAAGCAAAGCUUGUCAGAGACGCCAUCGACGAAUUGCUUGAAGCAGACGAUGAUCUAGCAGCUAUGUACUUGACCGAGAAAAGUCACGAUCUGAUGCGCGGAGAGGAUGAUCACACAGAAGUUGAAAUGUUGCUAGAGUCUUACCAUAAACUCUGUGAUGAAAUUGUGCAAGAAUCUGGGAAUUUGGUGUCCAACAUCCGUAAUACCGAAGAAAUCGUGAAAGCGAUCUUAGACGCUAAUCGCAACUCUCUCAUGCUCCUCGACCUCAAGUUCUCUAUCGGAACCCUAGGGAUCGGCUCGGGAGCGUUCAUCGCCGCGCUCUACGGCAUGAAUCUUAAAAAUUUCAUCGAAGAAUCCGACUUCGGGUUCUGGGGUGUCACGGGCUGGAGCAUCGUUUUCUCCGCCAUUGUCUGUAGCUACGGACUCGUAAAAUUACGGAAAGUGCAGCGACUGAGUAUGUGGGGUGAAGAUGGGAGAAAGGGACGGAACUGGAGAGACGAGGAUUUAGGUGUCGUGAAUCGGGAACGUGGAGAGAGGAGCAGAAGGCUGAAGGAGGAAAGGGCAGAGGCCUUGGAAGAGAGGAGAGCAGAAUUGCAAAGACAGAGACAUGAUCAUGCGAUGACUGCUGCCGCGGCUGCCAAGGCAGCGCAGCUUCAAGCCUAUAUCGCAGCUUCCAAAUCAGCGAAGAAGGUGGUGUAAUUUUAUACAUGGGUGGAGUUCAUUGUAUUGGUGGCGUUGGAGAUGCCGCAGGGGGUUAAUGUGGCGUUUGGGAGCAGAUGACUAGAUAGGUAUCUACACACUUCUCUCUCUUCCUCCCUCGCGCCUUCAAAUGUCGAGAAAGAGCAAAAAAAUUAACUUCUCGCAAGAUAAGGGGCUCGCUUUGUUGAAUGGGAUUUGUCUGGCCAUUAAGUUUGUCCAUCCAGCGGCAAGAAAUUUCAAUGAGAAAGGCGAUAAGUAUCACAGAGGAUAUAUAAAAUCGGAAGGCUUUUGUUCACGGUCUAUCAUGGGGUGACAAGAAAGAACUUUUGCUGACGGUGCCAAUGUUCCAAAGUUCCCUGGUAUGUUGAAAAUGUUGAGAUGUAUGAAAUUCUCUC